UUAAUGUAACCUCUGCCAAAAGUGAAAAAGAGAAAAAAAAAUCAUUCAGGAGAACAAUUUCAUCUUUGCAGCAACUUAUAUUCAAACAUAAAAUUCAUUUCUUUUGUUCAGCCCGACAUAACAAUAACUACGCCUCAAUCUCAGACAAUUGGAAAUUGGAAAAUGUAGAUGCACCAGGAAAAUGCAAACGACCACAUUAUCUCAUUGACCAAUACAAACAAAAAAAUCAUUCACAGACAAACAGAGUAUACUGAAUUUUGCCAUCUCUCAUCAAAAUGCUAUUCAAUUUUGUCUGAUUCAUCCAUUGCUUAGCUACAUAGGGUGAAUUUAGGAGUUCCUGAUUGUGUGGGACUCAUCAGAUGCUGUGACACAUCUAUCUAUACAGUAUAAAAACUACAGAAACUGAGGGGGUCAUUAUUGGUUGCAGUGUCAAAUAGAUUCCACUUGUGAUUCAAUCGAAGCAUCCAAGACGAUAUAGGACUCUAUAUCUUUGCAUCACAACACACACAAAGUACAUUUAUCUAUCAAUUUCUCAUUACACACACACUAAAAAGGAAAAAGUCACGCACUAAACCCUAGUCACAAAAAGUCCCUCAAACACCCACAAAAUUUUCUUUACUCUGUACUUCCAAGAUUCGGUUUUUCCUAGAAAGUUUUGAAUUUUCUUGGAAAAUAAAGACACCCAAUGGAGGAUAACGAGGCUCUACCGGACGAUCUCCGGUGUAACAGAACUGACGGCCGACAAUGGCGGUGCAAGCGGCGGGUAGUGGAAGGGAAAAAGCUUUGUGAAAUUCAUUAUGUUCAAGGUCGUCACAGGCAGAUGAAGAAGAAAGUACCUGAAUCGCUGAAAAUCGUGAGAAAUACGAAAAACAAGAAUCAACCGAAGAUUCAGAAUCCAAAAGGGUCUCUUGAAAUUGGGUUUUCAAAGAGUGAAAGGGCGUUGAGAAUUUUGAAGAAAAGGAAACCCCUCAAGCAUAAACCCUGUGUUUCAGAGGCGUUAGAUGAAGCUUUGAGGAGAAUGGAGCUGAAAAGAGGCGAUUUGCCGUUAGAAUUGAUUCGUGUUUUCUUGAAACGGCAAAUAGAGAAGAAAAAUGAGAAGGAAUUAAAGAAUGGUAGUGCUGAGGUGAUGACAGAAUUCCCUAAUGCUUUAAUGGCUAUUCCUAUUAUACCUGCAGAGAAUUUCAACAAUGCAGGUUCUUUUUUAGACGUAAAAUUAGGCUUGGAUUCGAGCUCUAACCCCUUUUCGUUAAGGCGUUUCAGAUCAAAAAAUAUUGAACCCCCUCCAAUUAGUACAAUGCAGGCCGUGCCAUUUGCUAGGAAUGUGAAGAAUUUAAGUAAAGUAAAGAGAAGGUUGUGUCAUUGGUGUAGGAGAAGUUGCUACCGGGUUCUGAUCAAGUGUUCGAGUUGUAAAAAACAGUACUUCUGUCUGGAUUGUAUUAAAGAAAGGUAUUUGGAACAGCAAGAAAUUAGGGUGAAAUGUCCCAUUUGCCGUAAAGAUUGUAGCUGUAGGAUCUGCAAAAGGAGUGAAUUGAAGUCCAGCAGUCAUAAGGAAUCCUCAAGGCAUAAAAGAGAGGUUCCAAAAGUCCAGCUAUUUUAUUAUCUGGUCCACCUGCUUCUUCCUGUACUGGAAAAAAUCAAUGAAGAGCAGAGAGUUGAAGUAGAGAUAGAAGCAAAUAUAUCAGGAAAGGGGGAAUCUGACAUUCAGAUUCAGCAGGCUUCAGCAGGAGAUGGAAAAUUAUAUCACUGUAGUAACUGCAACACCUCCAUCCUGGAUUACCACAGAAUCUGCUCUAAGUGUUCAUAUAGCCUUUGCUUAUAUUGCUGUCGGGAGUCCCGCCAUGGAAGCUUAACUGAAGAUUGGAAGUCCGAAGGUUCCAAUGACGAACAAGCUUGUUCUACUAACUUUGAGCGACAAUCAAGGAUGAAUCAUACUAGCACCUCAAGGCAAAGUUUCUCAGGGAUACAUUACCCAUCUUCCAAGUCAUGCUCCAGCUAUCAAGCUUGUGCUGAUGGCAGUAUAUAUUGCCCCCCUGCAGAAUAUGGCGGUUGUAGUGAUAGCUUCCUGGAUUUAAGAUGUGUAUUUCCUUACGCAUGGAUCAAGGAGCUGGAAAUCAGCUCUGAAGCAAUAUUAUGCAGCUACAACAUUCAGGACACAGAACACGAUUUUUCAUCUUGCUCACUAUGCAGGGGAAGUGAUCAUAAAGAUGCUGUUGUUAAUUCAUUCAUCAAAGUGGCCGAGAGACAAAAUUCAAGGGAUAAGUUUCUGUAUUGUCCAUCUAUAAAGAAUCUCCGUGAGGAAAACCUUGAACACUUUCAGAAACACUGGGGUGAAGGUCAUCCUAUUAUAGUUCGAAAUGUGCUUCGGAAUUCUUCUGAUUUGUCUUGGGAUCCGGUUGUUAUGUUCUGCAGUUACCUUGAGAAAAGGUCAAAAUGUUCCUCGGAUAAAGAAACAGCUAAGGCACAAAAUCACUCGGACUGGUGUGAGGUUGAAAUAGCUAGAAAACAGAUAUUUAUGGGGUCACUUGAAUGGCAAACACAUGCAACAAUGCAGCGUGAAAUGGUAAAAUUCAGAGCAUGGCUUUCUUCCCAUCUAUUCCAAGAGCAGUUUCCUUCUCACCAUGCUGAGAUCUUGCGGGCUUUACCACUUCAAGAGUAUAUGAAUCCAAAAUCUGGUCUUCUAAAUCUAGCAGUUAAUUUGCCACCGGAAAUGCCAGAAACUGAUUUAGGACCUUCAAUCUAUAUUUCCUAUGGUGGGCCAGAAGAACUAUCUCAAGCAGAAUUUACCACUAACCUAUGUUGUGAAUCAUAUGAUGUGGUUAAUAUUCUUGCAAGUGCUACUGAUGUUCUUGUUUCCAAGGAACAAGUAAGAAAAAUAAAAUGUUUAAUGAAAAAUAAGAAGCCUCAAGAUCACAAGGAAUCUACCAGCUAUUCCAGUGAUCAGAAAGGAAAAUCAUCUCUGCAUAGUGGAGACACAGAAGAAUCCGGUCUGCAGGAUGCAACUGGAGAGCAGUUGCCUGAUGGUAUUGCUGAAGUACCUUUUUAUUCUGGUGACUCACAAAAAGCUCAAAGGUAUGAAGACCAAGAUGGCAAUAUCUCCAGUGACAAUGAAAAUGACUCUGAAUCUGAGUCCGAUGUCUCACUGUUCUGCUCUGGGUCUGUUGAAAGAUCUGAAGAUUCAGACAGUGAUUAUCUUUUUAAAGAUGUUGAUGGUGCAAAGAAAGAAGCAAAAGCCUCAGGUGCUCAAUGGGACAUUUUCCGUAGACAAGAUGUCCCAAAGCUUCUAGAGUACCUCAAAAGGCAUUCUAGCGAGUUCACCUCCGUGCGUGGUUAUUCCAAACAAGUUGUUCACCCAAUUCUUGAUCGAAGUUUCUUCUUUGAUGCAUUCCACAAAUUGAGGCUUAAGGAGGAAUUUGAUGUUCAACCUUGGACUUUUGAACAACAUCUUGGAGAAGCUAUUAUCAUCCCCGCUGGAUGUCCAUAUCAAGUCAAACAACUUAAGUCAUGCAUCAACGUUGUUUUGGACUUCAUCUCGCCUGAAAAUGUUGCUGAAUGUAUCCGCGUAACUGAUGAAAUUCGUCUACUUCCUGAGCACCACAAAGCCAGGGGAAAAAUGCUGGAGGUGAAGAAAAUGGCUCUCUAUGGGAUGGACAAUGCAAUUGCAGAAAUUCGCAACCUCACGCAUACCAAUCAAUCCUCUUGAAAGAUGAUAGCCAUGCAUCUUUGUCAAAACUGAUUGAUCCAAAUAUCACAUAGUUCGUGCUACAUACUGCUAGGGAAUAGGUUCAGUUCAUUUUUUGGACAAAGGGAUGACUGGAUACUGAUUGCUGAAGAUCUUUGUCACUCGUCAAAGAUUUUCUUAUGUGUGUAUCAGAAUGUGAAGGUGAAAUUGAUAGAUCUAACCAGAGACGGAUUUUAACUCAUAAAAAGGCUAUGAAAACAUGUACUAUUCAAUAUUUCCUUGUACAUGCUUUGUUAGGAGUCCUUUCUA